GGGGCUGGGUCGUAAUUGCCGCUUUGAAGACAUGCUUCGCCUUUCCAUUUGAACUUAACCAUGAGCUGCAAUUUGAAGUAAGCCAGUGUUGUAAAACAUAAAUCUGUCACAAAAAAAUAAUAACACGUAGCCCGUUAAACCUGAUAAAUAGAAGUAAUGGAAUAACUUUCUUGGUGUUUUAAAGGUUCUGAUCCCGCCUUAAUUUAUGGGUUUUUCGGGGGGAAAUAAAAUGAGUUAAGAGAUUCUAAAUACUGGGUCAUGUAUGCCGAAGCUGAAUGGAGCCCUUUAUGUUAAUUCGACACACUAUACAGUCGAUACACUGAUGUGCCGCCCUAUCUUACACAUGUGAGAUAGAAAGCGUACUCUGCUCUGUGACACUUCCUAUGUAGUGCUCCGAACAGCCCGUAUCUUCCCUUGGAUAUAACGCAUGGUGCAGACUGUUGAGCUUGUCCUCAGUAAAUCCGUCUGUUUUCCUCGUCUGGUCCUCCCCGCUUGAGCACACGGAUUUCCUGUAAAGACAUGUGAAAUACAUGUUGUCUAUAGAGGGGUUGGUGAAACGAGAUGCAAUAGCAGUAGGUGGGUCUCUCGGGAUUUGUUGGGAUUGUUCCAUUACCUAACAAGCAGCGAACAACAGGGAUCUGCGGGCAAGCUGUGCGCCAAAACAGUGGGAUUAUUAAACCCCCGACAACGAUUUAAAUAUUGAGGGGCCGAUCUCUUCGUGUUGGGAGGGAGGUUCCUUAGUCGCGGGAAUGUUUAACUGGAGCUGUGUCGUUUCUAUUGCUCUGGCAUCGCUUCGGGUCUCAGUGCGAACGCCAGAAGUUGGGAGUCGAGUUGAUUUGCCACUCGUGCGCUGCAUAGUGCUGGAGCAGUUGUAGCUCCAACUUAGGUCCGUUCAGUCGCAAUUCAUCUCAUGACAGCUCCGCAACAUCGUUUCAAUUGGCAAAACUUAAGACUGACUUUUUUUCCAGCGUGGACAGAUAUACUACUUUAAUUGCUGAGAGGCAUUUGUCAUAUUCCCUUUAUUUUGUCAGCGAAAUUGGUUUCCUCCGUGUUAUCACCCUUAAAUUUGCGCAAAUUGUAUACAUCAGUGCGCAUUCGCCUGGCGAAAUACACGAUGCGCCUAUGAAUUUUAAGGAGCUAUUUUUCACACUUUCAGUUUUGGGGGCAUUAAAAUCUAUCCUGGCUGUGUCAUGAGGGCUGUCGCCUGCCUGUCCGCUCGACUUUGUCAUUGUAAUUUUCAUGUGUCCGGUCGACUGUCGGAUGCCUGGAGACAAGCAAUGUCAUUUAGCAUUUUGUGAAGGUUAUGGGCUGAGUUUCAACAACUGCUGGAGGCUCGUUUUAAAGGAAGACGAUUUUCCUACUAGAUCUUCAACAUAUUCAUCAUCUCCUCAUUGGAUUUAAUGUAUUUUUUCCUCCUCCAAGUUUGGAUACAUUUUCUAUUUUCUUUUUUCUCUUCCUCGGGACCAAUUUUAGGAUGCUGUUUUCUUGUGGCACGGGAGUCUUGGCUAUGAAACUUUCCACACCAUCCUCACACAGCUUUUUUCUAGUCUUUUUGUUGGUACAAACGUCGCAGUUAAUUUCACCCUUUAUUAUAGGUACCGAGCCCAGCUGCGAAAAUGAAGGAGAACUGCUCCAUUAUCCCAGUAUCACCGACAACCCCUGCAUAUCCUGCGUCUGUCUGAACAAGAAGGUCGACUGCAAGCAGGAGAAAUGCCCCCAAGUGGCGGAGGACUGCGCACUGGUGGUCAAACAGACAGGAGCCUGCUGUGAACGAUGCAAAGGUUGCCAGCUGGAGGGAAAGUCCUAUAACAGCUCGUAUAGCUGGAGCUCCUCCACUAAACCCUGCAUGACUCGCCGCUGUCAGGAAGGUGUCAUCACUGAGGCCGAGAUGCAAUGUGUCGUUCACUGUAAGAACCCUAAGAUUCAUCCCAAGAAAUGCUGCCCGUCCUGUCCAGGGUGUAUCUUCGAGGGUCGUCUGUACAAGGAAAGGGCGGAGUUCAACCCUGAGGGAAAGCCAUGUAUCAAAUGCACUUGCACUGGAGGUCGUACAAUGUGCCAUCGAGAGAUCUGCCCCGUUCUCUCCUGCCCUGCUCAUCUGAGUCACACCCCAGCAGGCCAGUGCUGCCCCAGAUGCCUGGGUCAGAGGAAGGUUUUUGACUUGUCGCUGGGGAGCUGUCUGUUCCACAGUGAGGUCUACGAGAACGGGACAUCCUUCAAGUACGACAACUGCACCACAUGUACCUGUAAGGAUUCCACGGUGGUCUGUAAGAAGAGGUGUUCCAAACCAGGCAGUUGCCGUAGUGGCCAGGAGCCCUGCUGUGACGAAUGUCUGUCUUACAUUAAGGUUGAGGACGUGAAGUACUGUCGUGUCAAGAGCAAAAUCUACAGGGAGGGGGACAGGUGGUCAUCUGUGAACUGCACUUUAUGCACCUGUGUAAAGGGGAACAUCGAGUGCCAACCCAAACAGUGUGUGCCCAUCACCAGCUGCCCGUCGAAUAAGAUACUGAAUCGAACCGGCUGCUGUCCUGUUUGCACUGAAAAGCCUGGUGUGUGCACUGUAUUUGGGGACCCCCACUACAACACCUUCGAUGGGCGCACCUUUAACUUCCAGGGCACGUGUGAGUACGUGCUGACCAAAGACUGCUCCUCGGCGGCCAGCUUCGUGGUGCUGGUGAAGAACGACGCCCGGCGGACGCGCUCCUUCUCCUGGACCAAGUCUGUGGAGCUGCAGGUGUCGGGCCUCAGCAUCAGCCUGCACCAGCACCUCACCGUCAGGCAGAACGGCACCCGCAUCGCCCUGCCCUUCCACAGCACCGGCGUCCACAUAGACCUGGAUGGUUAUCUGCUGAAACUUACCACCAUUGUAGGGCUGGAGAUCACCUGGGAUGGAGACAGCUUUGUGGAGGUGGUAGCCGCACCCCACCUGCGAGGUCGCUUGUGCGGCCUUUGCGGGAACUACAAUGGCCACAAGCGGGACGACACCAUUGGCGGCGACGGCAUCUUCAAGUUCGACGUGGACGAGUUUGCAGAGACGUGGCGCAUAGAAGGCAAUGAGAUGUGCAACCAGGCACCGCGCAGACCCACCUCGUACCUGUGCCCUGGCUCCGUCAAGGUGAAGUUCCGCGCACACAGGGCCUGCCAGAAGAUCAAGUCCUGGGAGUUCCAGAAGUGUCACCCAGUUGUGGACUUCACCUCCUUCUACAGGUCCUGUGUAACAGACAUGUGUGAGUGUCCGGUGCAUAAGAACUGUUACUGUGAGUCCUUCAUGGCCUACAGCCGAGCCUGUGAGCGAGAGGGAGCGAUGGUGCACUGGAGACCCGAGCAGAACUGCAUGACCACCCAGUGCAAGCACGGUGCCGUGUAUGACACAUGCGGGCCGGGUUGCACCAAAACGUGCGACAACUGGAACGAGAUUGGGCCAUGCAACAGACCCUGCGUGGCUGGCUGCCACUGCCCGGCAAACUUGGUACAUUUCCAGGGCCGCUGCAUCAAACCCACGUCCUGUCCGGGACGAUGACACUAGUGGCCCCAGGGAGGUAAGGGUGGAAGAGCACAGACUUUGGACUCCGGAGGCGGUGGGCUGCACAGACACUGAAAGACUGCAAUGGUGCUCACAAUCCUGGCCAUAACCAGAGUCCCAUUUCUUCUUCCACUUGGGUUGACUUCUCCUGUUGGAUAGAAGCAGUGACAUUUCCCAUAUGAUGAUGAACUCCUCUUCUCCCUACUGCAGUCACACAGCAGGCCAAUACCAAAGGUGCUCUCAGGACAAAAGAGGAGAGAGACAGAUGAGAGGGAAGCAAUUCCUCUCCUUCAGUUGAGGCCAACACUCUGAUGCCAUGUUGGUCUGGGUAAAUGGACCUCUCUGAAUGCCUACACACCAACUACAGUUCCUUCUUCACCAUGGCACAGUAACCUACAUGCUGCAUAGCGGAAGCAUGGAGAUGACAUGCAGCUGAACAAUCACCUCUCCAGGAACUCUCAUCUAACUCAGCAAAGAAAGCUAAAACUCACUCUCAGAAGUUACUAUUAAGAAUACAGCCCCUGGCUGUCUUAUUUAAUUCCCAACUUCGGUGUCAUUCAUGUGUUAAAUUUUAUACUGUAAACUAACAAGAUUUGUACAAAAAGACAGCUUUAUGUCAUUAUUGAUAUCAUUAUUAAGUAUGGUUGUUGUUUAUGAUAUUGUUAAUUUAUAUGCAUUGGCCAAUUGAAAUGUUGUAGCAAGAGCCAAAUCAUCUAAUUUUGUUUCAAAAAUAAUGUAAAGGGAAAAUAUAUUUAUAUUUGUGUUGUAUUUUGUGCUAUUCUGAAUUGUCUGAGGAGAAAUACCCAAAUGUGACACGGUUAUUGCAUCAUCACAGGGAAACUGUACUGUAUUUUUGAGAAAAGAAAAGAAAA